ACCGACAUGUGCGUACUUUGAACGUUGCUUCACAUCACACCCACUCCUCCGUGAUACCUUGGCUCGCACCUCAAGCGAAACAUCGCAGGCCGCUUUCUUGCAUCCCAAUUCGCGCACACCGCAUCGAUCCCGCUCGGCUAGCGGUCAGACCGAAAUCCUCAGGGGAACCGCAUACCCGUCACGCCUCGACCAUGGACGAGCUCCCUCAUCGCUGACGCUUUGCCUCCGCCGACGCCGCAAACGCUCGAUGGUCACGUCCUCGUCGUAGCGCCCUUCGCCUGCCCUCCCCCGACCUUCCCGUUCUCCAAUUCUUCCUCUUCCUCGUCCUCGACGACCGGCCGCCAUGGAUCAGCCGCCGGGCUCCUGGGCCGCCCCGACGCCCGCCCCCGACAAGUCGAGCGAGCUCUACAUCCGCGACUUCCCCGUCCGCUCCAUCGCCAUCGUCUCCUCAUCCCACGCCCUGGUCCUGCGGUACAGCUCUUCGGCCAGCGAGGGCAUCCACAACGGCUCGCACUCGUCCCUGCCGUCCGGCAAGCCUCGGACGCCCGCGGGCGACGCCGCUGUGUCGAAAUGCAUGGUCGAGUUCUCCCCCGUCUCGAGCCGGCUGCUCAGGGACUACAGGCCGCUGGCGCCACGGCCCGUCUUCGGCACCCUCGGCCUCAUCGCCGUCAAUGGCGAGGUCUUCCUCUCCGUCAUCACCCAUGCCGUGCGCACGGCGACGGUCCGUCCGGGCGAGACGGUCGAGCGCAUCGCCAGCGUGGCCUUUUACUGCCUUAGCAGCGCCGACUACGACGAUGUCGUGCCGCUCGAGUCCACAGAGCCCGACUUGGCCGACACCGUGUCCACGUACAGCGCCAAUUCGCCCUACGGCCAGGGCCUAAGCCGCCGCGAUGUGCCCAUGGAACAUCCUUGCCAUGACCUGCGGAAGCUCCUCAGCAAUGGCUCCUUCUAUUACAGUACCGACUUUGACCUCACCAACCGGCUGCAGGACAGACCCAUAAACACCAAUUCGUUCGACAUCGAUAACUUUGACGACAACUUCCUGUGGAACUCGUUCAUGAUCAGCCCAUUAGUUCAGUUCCGCUCACGCCUCAUGCCUCAAGAGCGCGAGGCUCUGGACUCGUCCCGUAUCCUCACCUCUGCCAUAAGGGGCUUCUGUAAGACAAUGACCCUGCCGCAGAGCGCCUCCCCGCUCAAGUCUAAGAGCGGCAUGCCGUCCUUCCUCACUCUAAUUUCACGACUGUCAUGCAUGCGGGCUGGAACCCGCUUCAACGCACGAGGAAUCGACGACGACGGGCAUGUCGCCAACUUUGUCGAGACGGAGACGACGUUUUACAGCCCCAGCGGCACCCUCUUCUCGUACGCCCAAGUGCGAGGGUCUGUGCCGGUAUUCUGGGAGCAGGCUGCGGACCUGCUUCCGGGCCGCCAAAAGGUCACCGUCACGCGGUCAUCGGAGGGUACGCAACCGGCCUUCAACAAGCACUUCGACGACCUGGAGCACACGUACGGCGCGGUCCAUAUCAUCAACCUGCUCAGCGAGUCGAAGCCAGCUGAGGUGGAGCUCAGCAACAUGUACCAUAGGGGAAUCCAGCACUGUCCGUUGAGCCGGCCUGGUGCGGACGGUUCCUCGGACCAUGCGCUUUUGCGCGAGACGCACUACGACUUCCAUGCCGAGACCAAGGGCCCGGCAGGAUACGAGGCUGCGCGCGAGAUUCGCCGGUACAUUGAAAAUUCGACUGAUGGGUUCGCGUAUUUUUUGGCCCAGGAGGCCGGCGACGGUCCGGACGCUGGCGACAGCCGCACGGUUGUCGUCUUGCAACAGGAGGGCGUCUUUCGGACAAAUUGCCUGGACUGUCUCGAUCGGACAAACCUGAUCCAAACGUUGAUAUCACAGAUGGCGGUCGAGGCGUUUCUGGGCCAUCGUGGCGAAUGGGCCGCGUCGGACUUUUGGAUGCGGCACGCGAGCCUUUGGGCAGACAAUGGCGAUUCGCUCUCCAAGAUCUACGCCGGGACAGGCGCCCUCAAGUCAUCUUUUACAAGACACGGCAAGAUGUCGCUCGCUGGCGCCAUGGCCGAUGUGCGCAAGUCUGUCCAGCGCAUCUACCACAACAAUUUUGUCGACCCUUCGAGGCAGAUUACGAUCGACAUGCUACUCGGCCGUCUAAUCGGACAGUCGCAAGUGCAUCUCUUCGACCCCAUCAGCGACUUCGUGUCGAUGGAGCUCGGCAAGCGCAGCGACGAGUUCACGGCCUUCGAGUCCAUCAGCAUCUGGGCGGGCACGUUCAACCUCAAUGGCCGCACCGAGGGCAUCGACCAUGACUUGUCCCCGUGGCUGUUCCCACCUUCUCUAGGUUCGGAGCAGCCCGAAAUUUACGUGGUUGCCUUUCAAGAGAUUGUCGAGCUCAGCCCGCAGCAAAUCAUGAACAGCGAUCCGUCGCGGAAAUCGCUCUGGGAAAAGGCCGUCAAGCGGGCCUUGAACCAGCGACAAGCGAGCCUCGGGGGCGAAAAGUACGUCAUCCUGCGUAGCGGCCAGCUCGUCGGCGCGGCACUCUGUCUUUUCGUAAAGACAUCCAUUCUGUCGAACAUCAAGAAUGUUGAAGGGAGCGUCAAGAAGACGGGUCUCUCCGGCAUGGCUGGCAACAAGGGCGCGGUCGCAAUCCGGUUCGACUACGCCAACACGCAUCUCUGCUUCGUGACGGCUCACCUCGCAGCUGGGUUUGCCAACUACGACGAGCGCAACAGAGACUACACGACUAUUCAUCAAGGCUUGCGGUUCCAGCGUAAUAGGGGCAUAGAAGACCACGACGCGAUCAUAUGGCUUGGGGACUUCAACUACCGCAUCGGCCUGCACCUGGAAAUGGCCCGGACGCUCAUCAAGAAACGCGAUCUUGCCACGCUGUAUGAGAAUGAUCAGCUGAAUCUACAGAUGGUGGCGGGCCUGGCCUUUCCGUUUUACUCGGAGGCGCGUAUUGGCUUCAUGCCCACGUACAAGUUCGACGUCGGGACGGACACGUACGACAGCUCUGAGAAGGCGCGGAUACCGGCGUGGACGGAUCGGAUCCUGCGAAAAGGCGCCAUUCUGCGCCAACUGUCAUACGACUCGGCGCCGCUUCGAUUCUCGGACCACAGGCCAGUGUAUGCGACAUUUGAGUGCCGGGUCAGCAUCGUCGACGAAGAACGACGCGAGUCCAUCAGCCACGAACUGUACACGCGCCGCAAGGCCGAGGUGGGGGACCCUACUGCGCAUGUGGAGGCGGGUGAGGAGUCGGAGGAUGAAGACCUGAUCGGGUACGACUCGAUCGAGCCAGGGCUGCCACCGGCAAGUUCGGAUCGCCAGAAGUGGUGGCUGGACAACAAGCAGCCGGCACGGGCGCAAGUGUCGGCGCCCAACGGGCGGGACGGGAGGCCGAUGGCACUCAACCCGAACCGGCCCUCGAACCCGUUUGGGCACAGCGAGGAGCCGGACUGGGUCAGCAUCCCACAGGGCUCGCCCGGUGCGUCUCUGUCGAGCAUAUCCAGCUCACCGUACGAGAAGGUGCCGCUUCCGAGGCCAAUGCAAAUGCAGCCGCCUAGCGCCAUAGCGAGGAAGCUGCCGCCGCCAUACGAGGCCGGGAAGUUGCCAGGCCAGGUAGGGCGAAUCAAGUUGGAUGACGAGCAGAGCAUCAGGAGCCAGCACUCCGACGCAUCGACAACGUCGAACACCGGGCCACCACCUCCACCUCCGCGUAGGCGACAGGUAGCGACAUCUGGAGCAUCUGGGUCAGCGCGGGACACGGGCGCGUUGGCGAGAACGCAGACGUUGCCGCCUCUGCCAACGACUCCACGAUCUGCAUCAGUGGCAUCAUCACACACGUCGCAGCUGUCGCAGCAGUUGAAGGCCAGCAGCGCGAGCGGCAAGUCGCCGCCGCCUGUAGCCAAGAAGCCGGCGCACCUGGCGACAGGCUCGCAGGCCGCGAAGUCGUCGCCCACGGGGGAGGAUGGAGGUUUCCGCCCGGGAGCCCUCCCUCGAGCAUCGACUGCGUCGCCAGCCCAGAUAGGAAGAGCCCAGCAACAGGCUGCGGAGCCGCAGAGUGGUCUCGAUCGAAAGCCCGUGCCGGGGCACGUGUCAAGCAGCAACGGAAAGACAAGCUUUUUCAGUCAAGCAAAGUCGAACGGGGCCAGGCCGACACGGUUCACCGGGACCAAUGGAUCUAACGGACCGAACGGGCCAGUGCCGCCGCUCCCGGCACGGCACAGCCAAGGCGUCGAUAAGGGUCCUGUAGACCUACUCGACUCGGUGCAGAACGAGGGCGGUGAAGAAGCCAUGGGUGGUUGGGAGGCGCUGCAACCCAGCCGCAAGGGAUAACCUUUCAGCGCGGCGAUACGAAAAACUGCGGUGGCGAUAUGACGCCGAGGGGGGGUUGGGGCGCGCACAAAGUCUCAUGUAGAGGGAGCGGUUUGGGAGGUGGCGCGGUGUCUCGCCUACUCUGAGCCAUACAUGUGCAUCUGCAUGUGCUACAACGCAGCGGCAUACAGAGCAUGGAGUUCGUGGAGCUUGCAUAGGCGGGUGUUGGUGCAGAAGCAGGCAGGGCAUAAGACGUACGACGUGGCGGGGGCCCUCAAGCAGGGAACUGACUGACUGACUGUACACGGCGCUUGGUGUGUAACGCGGCGCGGGUAUAUGCGUGCAGUCAAGUACAAAAAUAUGGAGGGUGGAACGUGAGGCGCACCUCGUGAUAGCGUGCUGUACUGUACCGUGCCUGUUGACAUUGAAUGCUUUCCCACCGCGGCGCAGGCCGGGGGCGGGUGGAGGCUCGGUCCAUGAUCCAUGGCUUUCCAUGCGACCAACGGUCCGCCCCCGCGCCCCAGCGUCCAGUCGUCGUCGGGGUGGGACACGGAGGGGAGGGGCGGCAAGCGAGGAUCAGGGGUUUUGGGCGGUCAGUGGAGCGACGGCGGCUACCUUGUUUGGCAAGCUUGGGCAGGGCGGGCUGGCGCAGCUGCCGUUGAUGAGCGGGAUGGAAGGCCCUGGUGCCGCACAGAGCGGGAGAUUCCGCUCUGGUAUUGACUGGUAUCAUAGGUAGUCGUAGAUGAUGACUCGGCGGUGUAGGUACGGGUUGAACAAGGACAAGGCGAGGUGGUCUUGUACUAGGUAAGUACUAAUCUGCUGAGAGGAGAGAGCGGGACAGACGCAUCCAUCGCCAGGCGGCAGUGGUGGUCGCGGGACAGCUUACU